AUGACUAUCGGAAAGAAUAAUAAAAUGCAACAGCAUAUUAAUUACCGGGUAAGGGUAAUUUUACAAGACUCUCGUACGUUUAUUGGGACAUUUAAAGCUUUUGACAAGCAUAUGAAUUUAAUUUUGGGUGACUGUGAAGAAUUUAGAAAAAUCAAAUCAAAAAAUAGCAAAACUGCUGACCGUGAAGAGAAACGUACUUUAGGAUUUGUACUUCUUCGUGGAGAAAACAUUGUAUCUUUGACAAUAGAAGGGCCACCUCCACCAGAGGAAGGAUUACCUCGUGUCCCACUACCUGGUGCUAUGGGCGGACCAGGCGCCGGUAGAGCGGCAGGACGCGGGGCCGGACUCGGUGGAGCACCACCAGGUCUACAAGGACCUGCGAGAGGCGUUGGUGGUCCGUCACAACAACACAUGGCUCCUGGAGCUCGAGGCCAACUCUCGGCACCUCCACAAAUGCGCGGUGGUCCAAUGAUGGGAGGUCCACCUCCGGGAAUGAUGGGUGCACCACCAGGAAUGGGUAGAGGUGGACCUGGAGGAAGGGGUCCUCCUGGAAUGCGUCGCUAC